AUGCCUCCACGAAGAGCUGUUCAAGGUCAUCCCGCAAGGAGAAAUGUUGAUCCUCCGGAUCAAGGGGUUCCCAAUGCACCAGAAGUGCAACCCCAAGGAGAGGUCACUAAUACUGAGUUCCGAGAUUCUAUCUGGAUGUUGAGUCAAUUUGUGACCAACCAAGUUGGGCAACAAAUAGGGAAUCGACAAGAUGUGGCUGAUACAUCCAUGAUCCGUGAAUUCCUAAGGAUGAAUCCUCCAGACUUCACCGGUUCAAGUGUCACAGAGGAUCUGGAAAACUUUGUAGAAGAGUUGCUGAAAGUGCUUGAAGUGAUGCAUGUUGGAGAUUUCGAGCGUUUUGAACUAGUUGCAUACCAACUUAAGGGUGUUGCUAGAGAGGUUGAGGAGGACAAGCUGAGAGAUAGGGAAGAGUUCUGGAACAAGAAGGCUAAGGCUACAGGUACUGAGUUUGGACAACAGAAAACCGAAAAUGCAAACCGGUCAUCUUAUCAGCAAAGGCCAACUGGACCUUCUCCAUCAUCUGCUAGUUCACUUGCACCAAGGAACAGAGGUGAGUUCAAGAACCAGAAUUCUCAGAACUUCAGAGCUAGACUUGCUCAAUCACAAAGUAGUGUGGCAUAA